AUGGCAUCUAUUUUAAAACUUCAAGUUAUAUCUGGUGCCUAUAAUGAAGGACCAUUAGCCUAUUUAUUACAAACAGAUGAUUAUCGAUUUUUACUUGAUUGUGGAUGGGACGAAAAUUUUAGUCAAGAAAUUAUUGAUGAAUAUAAACGACAUAUAAAAUCGAUUGAUGCUGUACUUAUCACGUAUCCCGAUUUAUAUCAUUUGGGUGCAUUACCCUAUUUAGUUGGCCAUUGUGGUUUAAAAUGUCCUAUUUACGCAACAGUGCCUGUUUAUAAAAUGGGACAAAUGUUUAUGUAUGAUUUACAUCAGAGCCGUUUGAAUAACGAAGAUUUUAAUUUAUUUACGUUAGAUCAUAUUGAUGCGGCAUUUGAUCAAUUUAUAACAUUAAAAUAUGAUCAAUCAGUUGCACUCGAAGGAAAUGGUAACGGUCUUGUAAUAACACCAUUACCAGCUGGACAUAUGAUUGGUGGAACGAUAUGGAAAAUAACAAAAGAAGGUGAAGAAGAGAUUGUCUAUGCUGUUGACUAUAAUCAUAAAAAAGAACGUCAUCUGAAUAGUUCAAAUAUGGCUAAAAUUAAUCGACCAACAUUAUUGAUAACAGAUGCGUUAAACACAAUUUCACAAGGUCAACGGAAAACAAAAGAUGCAUUACUACUAACUACAAUAUUAGAAACAAUGCGUCGAGAUGGAAAUGUUUUGAUAUGUGUUGAUACAGCCGGACGUGUACUUGAAUUAGCAUUAUUACUAGAACAAUUGUGGCGUAAUGAAGCAUCUGGUCUGUUUGCCUAUUCAUUAGCAUUAUUAAAUAAUUUUAGUUUUCAAGUUAUUGAAUUUGCUCGUUCUCAAGUCGAAUGGAUGAGUGAUAAAAUUCAACGACAGUUUGAAGAAUUACGUGCAAAUCCAUUUAACUUGAGAUUUGUUAAAUUGUGUCAUAGUUUAUCAGAUUUGUCAAAAGUACCAGCACCAAAAGUUGUACUUGCUAGUCAACCAGAUUUAGAAUGUGGUUUUGCUAGAGAUUUGUUUAUUGAUUGGUGUCAAAAUGAGAAAAAUAGUAUUAUAUUAACAACGAGAACAAGUGUAGGAACUUUAGCAAGAGAAUUAAUCGAUAAUCCCGAUUUAAAAACAAUUGAAGUUGAAGUCCGUCGUAAAGUUCGAUUGGAAGGUGUUGAAUUAGAAGAACAUUUACAACGGCAACGUGAAUUAAAUUCUCAAAAAUCCGGUGAUAGUACGUUGAAUAAUUUAACAUUGAAAAAACAAUUAUCAAAUUCCAAAAAGAGAGCAAUUAAAAAUCGUACAUCUAUUGAUCAAAUGGAAAUAUCCGAUGAUGAAAAUGAAGAUGAUGAAAAUCUUGAUGAUGAAGACGAUGAAGAAAAUCGAAAAAUGAUUGAUACAGGAACAGUUUCAACUCCUACAGUACCAUUAUCCGGACUUAUUUUAACAAAUACUGACGAACAAACACCACAACCACAAACACCAUUGAUAAUAACAAAUCCAAUGCAAAAAGAACAACAACAACGUGGUUCUAAUACACAAGCCAUAUUUGCUCCAAAACGUAAAAAUUUUCCCAUGUUUCCCUAUAAAGAAGAAAAAUUUGUAUGCGAUGAUUAUGGUGAAAUAGUAAGUGUUGAUGAUUAUAUGAUUGUGGAUGUUAAACAUCCAAUACCAAAUGAAACAAAUUAUGGUGAUUCAGAUGAAAGACGUGGUGAUGCAUCAACUACGAAUAAUGAUCAGUUUGCAGAUAUAACAAAUGAGCAAUACAUAACAGGACCAAUAAAAGUACAACAACAUCAGUUAAAUGAUCAUCCACAUCAUCUAUCAACUCAACAACAACAUGUUCCAUAUAAAACAGUUUGUGAAAAACGAAAAUUAGAGUUAAAUUCAAAAAUAUUAUAUGUAGAUUUUGAAGCACGUAGUGAUAGAGAAUCAAUUGAAAAAUUAUUAAAUUCUAUUAAACCAAAAAAUUUAAUUCUUAUACAUGGUACUCAAGAAUGUGUUGAACAAUUAGAAAAAUAUUGUUUAACAAAACAAAUUGUUCAAGGCCGAAUAUUUUCGCCACGUGUUAAAGAAAUUGUUGACGCAACAACAGAAAGAAAUCUUUAUCAAAUCAAACUGAAAGACAGCUUACUGAGUUCAAUAACAUUUUCAAAAACUCGUGAUGUUGAUAUAGCAUGGGUCGAUGGAAUGAUAACGAAUGCAGCUAAUCAACAAACAACGACGGCAACAUCAGCAGCAACAACUGUCACAAAUAUUGGACAAUCAAAUGCCGAAUGGUAUUUAAAUCCUUUACCACGUGAUAUGAAAGAACAUAUGAUACCACAUUCAUCUGUAUUUGUUAACGAACCAAAAUUAUUACAUUUAAAAAUGAUUUUAAUUCAACAAUAUGGUUUAAGGGCAGAAUUUGUUGGUGGUGUUUUAACGUGUGAAGACAGCGUAGCAAUUAAGCGGGUUGAGGGUGGAUCUGGUCAAAUUAUUCUUGAAGGUCUCUUAUCUGACACCUAUUAUAAAGUUCGACGUAUUCUAUACGACCAAUAUGCAAUAUUGUGA